AUGUCGGCUACCUUCCUCGCGGCCGCAUCACGCCGGCGGCAGGACGCCGCGUCCCAGGCAGGGCCAGGACCCAGCAGCCUGCCUGCCGGCUUCCUUCCGCUACCGGUGGUCGACGGCGCGACGCUGACGUACGAGCGCUUUCUGCGCGAGUACGCGCUGCCGCGGCAGCCCUGCCUCAUCACCAACCUCGGGCCAAGCUGGCGCGCGCGGGAGUGGAGCGCCGAGUACCUGCUAGCGCACGAGGGCGUGGACCAAACACACCGGGUGCACAUGGCGGACGGGCCGCCGCAGGAGGCGAAGGAGAGGCAGCACUGUAUCCGAGCGACUGCGAGUCGACUGCUCGCGGCUGAACCCAGCCUCCUCUGCGUGUCUAGGCGGACGACGGUCGGCAAGGCGCUCGAGGCGGUGCGGCGUGCCGGCGGGCGGCCAGUCUACCUCUCCGCGUGGGACUACGUGCGUGAAAACAGCGCGCUGCAGGCCGAUUUCGACGUGCCUCGCUACUUCGAGCGCACGGCCGGCUCUGGCUCUGAAACACACGUCGACACGAACCUCACCUCGGCCUGGCUGUGGGUGGCCGCGGGAGAGAAGGAGUGGGUCUGCGCGCACGGCGGCGACCACGAACUGCUCACGAGCGGCAGCGGGAGCCGCGCGUUCGGGUACAAGGACGACGACGACGACGGCGGCGCGCCGCUCCCCGACCUCUUCGCACGCGACCUCUUCGAGGCGUGGCCUCACGCCCGCUCUGCGCGGCUCUACCGCGGCGUGCAGCGCGCCGGGGACGUGUGCUACAACCCGAGCCGGUGCGUGCACGCCGUGCGCAACUUGGGUGGCCCGGCCGGCGUGGUCACUUCGCUCACGCACAACUUUGUGGACGCGAGCAACUUGGCGGACGUGGCCGCCGACGCGACGCGUUCGAUCAACGAGGAGCUGCUGCCCAUGGCACGCCGCCUCAGGCGCGCGCGCAGCCUCAAGCCGCGCAGUUUCCUCAAGUCGCUGGCAAAGUCGUUGCGCAUCGAGCGGGAGGCGCUGGUCGCAGCGCUCGUCGAGCUGCCGCAACUGCUGAGCGACGAGCGGCUCGAGGAGGUGCUGCACGGCCGGAUGGCGGCGGUGCGACCCGCGUUUGAGCGCGCGGCGCGCGGGCUCAGGGAGGCGUUGCAGCUCGACGCCGAUGGCGACACGCCGACAGUGCAUGCAUCGAGCACGGAGCAGCCAGCCUGCACUUGA